UCUACCCCAUGCAGAGUUUACUUGCCCAAUGAAAACCAUAACCCAAAAAUUCUCUUCUUUUUGCUUCCCAAACCUCGGUAUUGAAAAUGUAUUAUUUCCCAACAAAACAGAAAACCCACUUUCCCUCCAUUUCCUCAAGACUUUCUCACCCGCCAAACAGCGUGCUUCUUCUCUCUCCACCUGCACUAUCCAAAACCCAAUUGCCGAUCCUAACAGAGAAGCAAAUUCCCCAACCAAAACCCAAUUGUAUCCUACCAUUUUUGGCAAAUCUACUAAACCACUUCACCACCAUGCCAAAUCUAGUGACGUCAUUUUAUCAAACAAGAUGAUCACUAGCCAUAUCAGAUGCGGCGACUUAGAUUCUGCUCUUAACGUGUUCGACAACAUGACUCUUAAGACAACAGUUACCUGGAAUUCGGUUUUAGCGGGUAUGUCAAAGAAGCGCGGUAAAUUGAAGGAAGCCCAAGAACUGUUUGUUAAAAUACCUGAACCAGAUGCUGUCUCAUAUAACACCAUGUUAUCUUGUUAUGUACGUAAUUCUAACAUGGAAAGAGCUCAGGCUUUCUUUGAAGAUAUGCCCAUUAAAGACACACCUUCUUGGAAUACAAUGAUAACCGGUUUUGCGCAGAAUCAGCAAAUGGACAAAGCACGCGACUUGUUCUUGAUAAUGCCAACGAAAAAUGUAGUCACUUGGAAUGCUAUGAUUUCAGGUUAUGUAGAGUGUGGGGACCUGGACUCCGCGUUAAAGUUGUUUGAAAAAGCGCCAUUUAAGAGUGUGGUGGCCUGGACCGCUAUGAUCACUGGGUACAUGAAGCUUGGGAGGAUUGGAUUGGCAGAAAGAUUGUUUGAAAAGAUGCCCGAGAAAAAUUUGGUGACUUGGAAUGCUAUGAUUGCAGGUUAUAUUGAGAAUCACAGAGCUGAGGAUGGUGUAAAACUUUUCCGAACAAUGGUGGGAUUUGGUAUUCAGCCAAAUUCGUCAACUUUGAGCAGUGCUUUGUUAGGGUGUAGUGAGUUGUCUGCUUUACAGUUGGGCAGGCAAGUGCAUCAGCUAGUUUGUAAGUCUCCACUGUGUGAUGAUACAACCGCAGGAACUUCGUUGAUUAGCAUGUACUGUAAGUGCGGAGUUUUGGAGGAUGGCUGGAAAUUGUUUGUUCAGGUUCCAAGGAGGGAUGUUGUCACUUGGAAUGCAAUGAUUUCUGGUUAUGCUCAGCAUGGAGAAGGUAAAAAAGCUCUGGGUUUGUUUGAUGAGAUGAUAGAGAAAGGAAUGAAGCCAGACUGGAUCACUUUUGUUGCGGUAUUAAUGGCAUGUAACCAUGCUGGAUUUACAGACCUUGGGGUUAAAUAUUUCCAUUCAAUGGCGAAGGAUUAUGGACUUGUAGCUAAGCCUGAUCAUUAUACAUGCAUGGUUGAUCUUCUUGGUCGGGCAGGUAAGUUAGUAGAGGCUGUAGAUUUGAUAGAGAAAAUGCCUUUCAAACCUCAUGCUGCUGUAUUUGGAACCCUUUUGGGUGCUUGUAGAAUACACAAGAACACUGAGAUGGCGGAAUUCGCUUCCCAGAAGUUGCUUAAUCUUGAUCCAGCUAGUGCAACUGGUUAUGUUCAACUUGCUAAUGUUUAUGCAGCUACAAAAAGAUGGGACCAUGUUGCUAGAGUUAGAAAAUCAAUGAAAAGCUGCAAGGUGGUGAAGACACCAGGGUACAGUUGGAUUGAGGUUAAGAGUAUGGCCCAUCAGUUCAGAUCAGGUGAUAAGUUUCACCCAGAAUUAGCUUCUAUACAUGGGAAACUGAAGGAGUUGGAAAAGAAAAUGAAGUUAGCAGGGUAUGUGCCAGAUCUUGAAUUUGCAUUGCAUGAUGUAGGGGAAGAGCAAAAAGAGCAGCUUUUACUGUGGCACAGUGAAAAGUUGGCAAUUGCUUAUGGCCUUAUAAAAUUGCCACCUGGCACUCCAAUCAGGGUGUUUAAAAACCUGAGAGUAUGCGGAGAUUGUCAUAGAGCUAUCAAGUACAUAUCACAAAUAGAAAGAAGGGAAAUCAUUGUUAGAGAUACUACGAGGUUUCAUCAUUUUAAGGAUGGGCAUUGCUCUUGUGCUGAUUACUGGUAGGUUGGCAAAUUCUCUUGUAGAAGUUUUUGAUCCAUUAGCUGCAGUUAGACAUAUAUGGGUCUCUAUGAAGGAUCGGUUCUACAGGAGAGGUAAUAAUAGGCAGACUUUUGACUUCUACCUGAUCAUAACAGCCUGGUCAAGUUGGCACUUGCCAAGGUAGCUAAGGUGGUUACUUGCUGAAGUUGAUUUGUCAAUCAACAGAUAGAGUUGCAACCGUUAAGUUAGAUGAAUAGAAGCAAGUCCGACAAUGAAAUAAGAACAGUACUGAGUUGCAUUGAAUAAUGCAGUUCAUUGUUCAAAUUAGGUGUUGGUUUAGUUUGAUUGAGUUUUUGUGUUUAGAAUCUAGCGUGAUUGAAAAGGGUGGAAUCAGCUGACCUUGUCUGUAAAUUUGAACAGUAUGAUAGAAAAAAGCAAUAGACUAGGGGCCCUGGAACUGCAAUGGCUAGGAAGGGAAGGAGUAAUGUUAACCUGAUGAGCAAGGCCAUGGGUGUGGUUCAAUCUGUGAAUUAGGUGGAGUCAACACUCGAUCUGGCAUGCCCUCACAUCCAGGAUUGCUGCAGUUGCUCACCGCUAUGAUAUGCUAGGUACUGAAAUCUUAAAUCUGCAUUGCAUUAUGAAAGGAGUUGGAUGUGUACAAGAUUGUGAAGCCAUGGCCUUUUGGCCAGUCAGAAGCCUCGUGAUGUCAUCAGAUUGUCUGACAUGGCGGUUCAGGAACUUCAGGAGGUUUUUAAAAAUUGUGAUAUCCACAAAGGAUACAAGUAUAUAACAUUAUUGCAGAUAUACGGGAGAAUGAUUGUGCAGUCUGGUGGAGAGAUGGUAUGCUGUUACCCUUGGAGUUUAACCAUGAUUUUCAAGUUUACCAUCCAACUCUUGAGACACUGAGUUUCCAGUGUACCUUCAGGCCACUGGCAGAGAUCAUCAGAUUAUUCGAACUGGGAGAAAAACGUUUCUAAUGCCUGUAUCUCACCAGAGUCGUGUUUCAGGAUCAAAGGUUGUCCAGUUAUGAUUGCAGAAAAGAAAAUGACAAAUCCCUCGCCGUAGCAAACCAGUAAUUUGGUUGUUCCCAUCACUGGACAUUCCAUAUGACCUUUCAGCCAACCAAAUGUGCUACAGUCAACGCCUGACUCCAAGCAUCAGUUCGGUUUACUUUAUGAGCAUUCUAAAGGGACGGCGAAAGUUUUGUUCCCAUCCCGCUGUCAAAUGGGAAAAGCUGGCGGAGUUGCCGAAAAGAGAAUUUUCUUGGCGGCUUUAAGAAAGAUAAGAGUUUUCUUGCGGUUACUGUUUCUCCUCAAUAAGCAUCCACGGUAGGACAGCUCUGGUCAAACCAUGAUAUCAUCAAAAACAAAUCCUUCAUUAUAGAACAGUUUCUUGACUGACGAUUUCAAUUGCCCGACUCGAAACGGAGAGCAUUUAUUCUCUUUACUCUAUUCACUAAAUUAAUUUCUUGUGCCUUGCCUGAUAUCCAGUCUUGGUGGGUAAGGGAAACCAGAAGAUCAAACCCCAUCCUCUCUAAUAAUUAUUGCCGUUAUCCUGGGCUUCUCAUUUGAUCUUCUUGAGAAUUGUAACGGUUUACAGAAUUGAUUUCAGUUUUUAUAUUUCUAAGUAUUCUUUUUCCA